AUUCGAUCCAAACUCACUGAUUACAAUCAUAAUCACGACGGAUUCUCAGAUCCUCCGAUGAAGCUUCCGGGAACGACGACGACGGGAGAGUUAUUCUGGGGAUACUUCUUCGUCACAAUUGGUUCUAUUUCCUUCUUCGGAUUCGUUUUCGCAGUCAUCGCUUCGACUUUGUUUCCACUCUCUCAAAAUCCUUUAAACCAAGGUCUGAAGAACGAUAGGUAUUACUACUGCUUCUUGGUUCCCUUGACUCUUCCCGUUAUAACGGUUGCCGUCUACUUUCAUUGGCUAAGCAUGAAGCUCUUCAAACACGCCUGAUCCAUUCCGUCACUAUUUGGUUUAGGAUUUGUGAUUUCAGUUUCACUCUCUCAGCUAUCAUUCAUAUCUCAUUUCUGUGUAAUGGAGAAGCAAUCAAUGUGAAUUUGUGUUCCCGUGGAGGAGAAUAAUUCGAGAAUUUUGAUUUGACGAGUGUAAUCUGCGUUCUAGAGAUUUGAUGUACAUAAAAGUGAUAUUUGUUUGUUCAAUUUCUUGUGAUUACUGCAAAAUUAGAGUUUGUGUAAGUAUAAUGUGACUGUUUAUGCUCUAUGUCACUUGAUGAUUAAAUACAAG